UUUGACAGCAACAGCGCAAGAGCGGCUGAAGGCUCCAGGCAGCUGCUGGGACUCUGGACACCUGCUGCUACAGAGGCGGCACAAGGUGGGAAGAUCAAUAACAGAAGUACAAGAAACAGGAAGAAGAAGUCCAUCACCUGGCGAGGUCGUUCCUCCUUUGUAAAAUCUCCACAGCUGUUAAAGGCAAUCAGUCAUGUCAUCUGCAGUGCUGUUCAAUAUGCUGCGUUGUGGUCGCUCCACAAUCUCCAGACAAACCUUCCUCUCCAUACGAUCCUCACCAGAAACCUCCACGGCCUCUGGACAGGUGGGCGGGGCAUUGUUUGGGAUGGUGGGCGUGCGGCAGGGAAGUGGAUCAGUCGGAUUGGACGGUGACAUCAGCGUCCGUCCAGUGACCUGGGACUCAUUUGGUAUUUGGGACAACAGGAUAGAAGAACCAAUACUACUGCCCUCCAGUAUCAGAUAUGGAAGACCCAUCCCACAGGUCAGUCUGUCUCGGGUCGGCAGUACGUCUGUUCUCGGUCUUAGGAAUCAGAACGAGGACCGUCUCCGCAUCGGCCGUAUUCAUGACAACCUACUGUACUUCGCUGUGUUCGACGGCCAUGGUGGCCCGCAUGCUGCAGACUACUGCUACACCUUCAUGGAGAAAUUUAUCAGAGAUGCUUUGGAACAGGAUGAUGAUCUGGAGAAAGUUUUAAAGAAAGCCUUUUUAGAUGCUGACAAGGCUCUACACACACAUCUCAGCUACUUCAACAAUGCCUCUUUCCUGACAGCUGGCACCACUGCAACGGUUGCUUUACUACGUGACGGCGUAGAGCUGGUGGUCGGUAGUGUUGGUGACAGUCGGGCAAUGUUGUGCAGGAAUGGAAAAGCCAACAAGCUCACCACAGACCACACACCUGACUGCGAGGACGAGAGACACCGGAUCCAGAGGUUUGGAGGUUACGUGACAUGGAACAGCGUGGGUCAGGCUAAUGUUAACGGGAGGCUGGCCAUGACACGAAGCAUUGGAGACUUCCACCUGAAAGCUAGCGGUGUCAUCGCAGAGCCAGAUACCCAACGACACACCGUCCAACAUGCCAACGACUCGUUCCUGGCUUUGACCACAGACGGUAUCAACUUCCUCCUUAGUGAUCAGGAGAUCUGUGACAGCAUCAACCAAUGCCAAGACCCCACUGAGGCUGCUGAUGUCAUCGCUCAGCAGGCGUUGCAGUACGGCUCAGAGGACAAUGCUACAAUCAUCAUCAUCCCAUUCGGAGCCUGGGGGAGACAUCAGAGCUCCACCACAGUGUACAGCAUGAGCAGGAACUUCAUUUCAAGUGGGAGAUGGGCAUAGACGGCACAAAGACACAAUAACUUCACAAAGCUCUGGAAUUAAGUUGAAGAUGACUUUAAGGAUACAAAAAUCUUUUUUUAUACUAAAAAUGAUCCAUAACCCCUAUCAAAUUUAUUUGAAAACAUUAUGUUAGCAUCAACUUUCCUUUGUUAGCGCUAACAAAAGAAAGUCCGUAUUUAUACAGUGUAUAAUGAUAGAUAUAUAUAUCUUGUACAUACAGAGAUUUGCUGUAGUGUUUGUAUGUACAUCAUGUUUGUAAAAAGUUUGAUUUGUGUUUGGAAAAGACGUUUUAAAAUAUAAGUGAGAAAUCCAAUACAAAAUAUCUCUAGCUGGGUCACAUAUCUCACUUCAGUGUUGAUGAGACAAAUCCUCACCCAGCUCCACAUUCUCACCUCUGACCUUUGACCCACUGACACAGGGAAGAAGAAAGUUUGAUAUUUUAAACUGAAACAUCAUUUUGUUUCUGUUUUAUUAUCAGUGUCACUUUCUUACACAGACUUGUGUCAGUUUCGUUCACAGGUUAGUGCUCAUAAUUGAAUUUGACUGUUGGCUAAAUUGUUUAUUACAAUGAAUUGGAAAAUAAAGAUAUUUGAAAACAA